AUGACAUCAAAAAAUUCAACUCGACGUUUAUCUAUUCUCAAUCGAGAUUCAGAUGAUACUGUACAUUCAAUUACUACAACUGAAGCACUUAUUAAAUGGGAAGGAGAAACAGGUGAAUCAGCUCGACAAGCUAAAGUAAUAAUGCUUAAUGGACAUUAUCCUCCAAUACAUAUAAUGGAUCAUUCACUUGGAAAAUUAAUUCGUUGCGAAAAAUUAUCUUUAUCAACAAAUAUGAUCGAAAGAAUUGCCAAUCUUAAUGGUUUAAAACAUUUAAAAAUCUUAUCACUUGGUCGAAAUUUAAUAACAAGUCUUGCUCCAUUAGAAGUUGUAAGUGAUACUCUUGAAGAACUUUGGAUAUCAUAUAAUUCAAUUCAAAAAUUUGAUGGAAUUUUAACAAUGAAAAAACUUCGAGUUUUAUAUAUGAGUAAUAAUCAUAUUAAAGAAUGGUCAGAAUUACGUCGAUUAUCAGCAAUUUCAACUCUUGAAGAUUUAGUUUUUAAUGGAAAUCCAUUACAUGAUGAAUGGAAAAAAGAUGAAGAAUCAUGGCUAGAUACAGUACAUAAAUUAAUUAAAUCUCUAAGAAAACUUGAUGGAAUUUUUUUAAAACAAGAUAUUGAAAUUUAA